UGCAACUAUAGGAUCGGUUCGGAACAAAAGCUGAUAUAUUUCGAGUUGGCUCACGGAUAAACAUAGGAUCGCCCACGCCGGCCCUCGGCGGGCACUGCGCGCGGGCUCUCGCCAGUCCCACUCGCCGCUUCCCGCGACGUACACGCAUCAGUUUAGGACUCGGGAGUUUAGAAAGAGACAGCGCUAUGAGUCGUGUCGGUAGAGUGAGGCGCACGCGCGUCUACGACUGCAACUACAACAAGGGAGAGAGCUACUACCGCCCGGUGCUCGACCGACUCGAUGGCAAAAGCACGGUCACCAGCUCCCGUGCCGAGUCCGAACGUAACCUGAAGACUGACGUGGACUCCCGCAUCAGGAGCGCCCUGGAGGAGACCGAGGCCGCACAGGACGAGCUGUUCGACUCCCGGGGCAACCGCGCCAGCCGGGGCAAGCCGCUGUCUGCCGCCUUUGAGGACGAGGACCUUGGAGAUGAGGUGACACAAUCUCUGAAGCGCCUGCGCGCCGGCAAGAAGAGCUCCCGCUUCGCCGAGGACAUCGACUUCGAGAACACCGUGUCCAACCUGGAGAACCGUAUGAGGAUCUCCGACAAGAUCCUGGAGAGUGUGGGCAUCAACUCGGAGAUGUCCAGCGCCCGCCGCGCGCUCGCUGACAAUGAGGAGAGGACUGAGAAGCGUAUCGCGAGGAGGCUGAACGACGAGGGGAACCUGACCAAAUGGACGGCGCUGAAGAGCGAUGAUGAGUCGAAUGCCGUGCAGAGAGCUAAGGCUACCAGGGCGCGUCUUACAGAUCUGGAGGACGAGAUGACGGAGCUGAGCGAGCGGUCAGCCGCCCGCGAGAAGCGUGCGGCCCGCCUGCGCGCUCUGGUCGCGGAGAACGAAGCCGAGGAAUCCAGCUCCAACGUCACAUCCACCAAGGUCACCUUCCGCGCCGAGAGAGAAAAGAAACAAGUCACCUUCUAAACCACCAACCUGCUGACUGAGCCAUCCAGUUCACCACAGAUGAUUAAGUAGCUUAGCGACUCCAUUUGUCGCGCUUGGACUAUUUUUCGCGGAUGGACCAUUUUCGCUGAUGGACCAUUUUUCGCUAAUGGACCAUUUGUUGCAGAUAGAUCAUUUGGGAGUGAUUGUGGGAUAGCUCAGUCGGUUGGGAUGUUAGCUCCUGCAUUUUACGUGUACUGUAUUAUUCGAGUUGAUGUCUAUUUUAUACUUUGUUGAAUAGAAUAAAGAGAUGUGUAUUC